AAAAAAUCCACAUUAAUCGUCAUGAUUUUUGAAUUGAUUCUCGAUUCCAACCGAAAUAACAAAAUAAACAAAAAGAUCGAGUCGAAGGUUUUUGAUUAAUCGAUCUUCGACAUCUCUACUGGUUGCAAACAUAUGUAAAUAAAACAUAUAUUCGAAAUGAAUUCAGACGACGAAGUUUUUGAAGGUGUUAUGGACAAUGUGCUUGACGAAACCAUUUCUUCCACACCCAGCAAAACAAAAAGACGAAAAAAACCACAAAUAGUGUCAUCAUGGACAAAUGAAAGCACAACGAAUUUGAUACAGGCCAUUGAAAUGCACAAUUGUAUUUGGGAAUAUUCCUGCCCAGAAUAUAAAGAUCGCGCCAAAAGAGAUAAAGCUUGGAAUAACAUCGCGGAGAAAUUUCCAACCCAAGAAGUUGACGGAUGCAAAGCAAAAUGGGCGAAUAUAAAAACGGCAUUUUCAAAUGUAAAGAAAAAAAUGACAACUAAAUCAGGCCAAGCGGCCGGUAAUGCUUUGCCACAUUGGCCGUUUUGGUCAGCUAUGCAAUUCUACUGUUUGCAUGAUCGCUGCAAGAGUAGUUCGUCCGUCUCAACACUAGAUGUGGAUGCAGAUGUAACGCCACCACCAACAGCUGCCCGAAGUGACAGGAAAUCCAAACCCUCUGCAUCCGAUGAAUCAGUGACAAGAUGCAAUGGAGAGCGCAAUACAAUUUUUAAAUAA